AUGACGGCAGAGGAAGAGGCCAACGAUGGUCUCGAGCCUGCGGUGUCCAGCAACCCCAUGGGCCUUCCACUGAAGGAGCUCCGAAGAUUGAAGGACCAGUUUCAGGAUGAGGAAGGUCAGCCCGUCAAGCUAGACGAAGAGCAGUUUGUUGAUGCACUGCUCUCCCGGCUGACGGGCUCCAUGUCAACAUCACAAGCCGAGCGGCGGCGGUGGGAGGGAGAGCUCCGGACCUUGUUCAAGAAGAUCGACGCCAGCUGCUCCGAAAGCGUAACGUGGGAGGAGUUCACGAACUACAUGCUCUUCCAUGCUCCGGGCUUCAACUCUUCAGAUGGCGCUUGCGAGCCGACCCACAACGCUGCAGCCGAAGCGUUGGCGGGCGCCUGGCAGUGUGGCCACAUGGACAUGAUCAACAACAUCGCGGUCGUCUCUGAUUUCGCCAACAAGCAGGAUAAUGGCAACGCGACGAGCAGCGCUCCGGCUGGCCACGCCCGGAGGUACAUCACUGCUGGACGGGACGGAUUUGUGAAGGUUUGGCAUCCCAACCUGACGCUGCACAAGGAGAUUGAUGUAGGACAGACAAGCAGCUGGCUGUCGGCAUGUUGCUGGAUGCAGAAGUCCAGGAAGCUGGCCGUCGCUUCGUCCAGCUUCCGUAUCUUCUUCUACGACAGCGCCCUCAGCCCGGUCAGCCACAUCGACCACAAGGACGGAACGCCCCUCUGCUUGGGAUACACUGACUUCCACGAAAACAAGAGCUCGGAGAAGGAGAUCCUGAUGGUCGGCGACGACAAAGGCUAUGUCAGUGUCUACCCUUUGGAUGCCAACUACUGGCUCGAACAAGAGCCCAAGUCAGAAGGGAAGCCUGACAGCGAUGGCAAGAACAAAAGGCGAAGGUCCCGAACAAAGUACCAUACGGACUGGGUCACAAAGGUUGGCUUUGUCUCGCAACUUCAAGCGAUGGUUACCUGCAGCCUGGAUGGUGAAAUCAACAUCUGCGAUGUUCACACCAAUCAGCGAAAAGAAGGGCGCGAUGCAGUACGCCUUCACAAGAAAGGCGUUCACUCCUGGUGUUGGUGCGCCAACUACAAGUUCUUUGCUUCGGGUGGAUCGGACCGUCAAAUCAUCAUAUGGAAUCCCUACACGCAGAAGGCCAUGAACUACCUGCAGGGGCACAAUGCCCCGGUGUUGGACGUUCUCGUCAACGAGAAGCAGCACCAGAUCAUCUCGAUGUCUGUUGACAAGGUUGUCAAGGUUUGGGACAUUCUGAACUACCAGUGUAUCCAGACCUUCACCGACAAAACCGAGUACAAGCCGGAGGACAGGCUCACCUGCAUGGCGUUCGAUGAGGAAGGACCUGCAUUGGUGCUGUGCUCCAGCCUAAUCAAUGUGUUGCCGAUCAGUGUCAAGGUUCAAACCAGCCGCACUCAUCUCGCACCCAUAGUUGGAGCUCUGUACAACGAUGUUUUCCACCAGAUCAUCUCCGGCGACAACACGGGGACGGUGUCGGUGUGGGACAUCAAGACAGGGAAGCUCGAAUUUGAAUUCCGUCGUGCUCACCAGGAUCACAAGAUGACAUGCAUGGCUUUUGACGAAUCGAAGCGAUGCCUCUACACUGGUGGAGAGGAUGGGUGCGUUAAGCUCUGGAACUUCUCCUCGGGCCAGCAGUUGCGCAGCUUUACCAUGCGGAAGCCGGCAGAGAUUCGGAGUCUGUUGUGGGCUCAAGAGGGCCCCAACACGUUUGUCGUCGGAUUGGCCUGGGACAGGCGCAUCUACAUCUGGCCGGACAGCCACAAGCAGCAGGUGGAACCGCAGUAUGUGCUCGAAGACUUCACCGGUCACGGGCAUACGGACGAUGUUACUUGCCUCAGCAAGCUGUCGUCGGUCACAGGCCUCCUGGCAACUGGAGGUGAUGAUGGCUAUGUCUGCUUCUGGAAGAUCCAGGAGACUGCGGCUGGUGGUGGCGCCAGCUCCAGGAGAUAUCGCCUGUUUGAUGGCCCCAAUGCCCCCAAAAAGAACGCAGCCUCGACGGAAGGAACGUCGGACCCCCGCAAGGGCAAGAAGGGUGCGCAAGGAGGCGAGCCGACGCCGGCUACGAAGCGCGUGUCUCAUGCAGCUCAACCGCAGGGCUACCCAGACUCUCCAACCUCGUCGCUUCCUCCAGUUGGGGAAGGCCAAGAAGAGUGGUGGCCCGAGGAGAGCGAGAAGCGACGGCACUCCGCCUUGAACUUGAUGGAACGGCUCUCAGGGUCUGACAAAGACGCAGGAUUCACGUCCUGCAGCGUGGAGCACACGAUCUUCCUGGAACACAAGGAGUGUCUGCUAACCAUUCACGCCGACCAGUUGGCGAGACUCUGGUCGACUAAGCAGGCGGAGUUUCUUGGCAAACUCGUCUUCAUGGAGGAGUCUCUAGAGGAGGCCUCUGGGCUGACUCUCGUGCAGCAAGAAGCCAUCACUGCCGUGUACACCAGCGCGGACAACAUGUGGCUCUUCACUGGGGAUGCGAACGGGUGGGUCCGAAUCUGGGACCUCUCGACGAUUCGCGUGGACCUGUGUCCAUCACACCUCCUCAAAGUCAAGGAGAUGCAGUUGCACCGCAUGGCCGUGACCUCGUUGCAGCACUUUAAGAUGGAUGACUUAGUCGUCAUUGUGUCGGCAUCAGCGGAUUGGACUGUAGCGCUGCACACCAUCGAUGGCACUCGCAUCGGUAACUUCAGCCAUCGCGUCCAAGAGUGGAGGAUUUCAGACACCAGCACCUGGUGUGACCAGCCGCCCCCGGUGAAAGAAGGCAUCCGGGGACCGGAGGAAGAUGAUGAUCGUUGGAGCAGCAUGAGUCCACGCCGCGCGGGCAUGGCCGGAGCUGCAGGUGCACGUCGAGAAGGGGGAGCUUCGACCAGUGGGAGCGUUCCAGGCAUCGGCGUCGGUGUUGGGCUGCGCACUCCCAGGGGGUCCAAGGUUCGGACCCGGCCGGUGAUUGCACCACCGGUGCAUUCCGGCCAGGGCGACUUUGGCAAGCUGAGCGUCGUCGAACGCUUCAAGCCGGACCUAACCCUGGCAGAACAG